CCUCUCACCGAUACCCCUCCCUCGCCUCUCCAUGCCUCAUAGUCUGACUCUGAUACCCCAUCCCCUCAUCAUGCACAGGCGCAUACCCCUUAUUCUCCUCGCGCCCAUCACGAUCCCGCCCGCUCAUAUCCGCGCUCCACGCGCCCUCCUCGUCGUCCUCGAGCUUCCCGUAGUUGGGCCCGCGGCGCUCGAGCCGCGGGAUAAACGUCGCGGGCUUCCCCGAGCGCCGCUUCUUGAUAAACAGCAGCACUAGGAUCACGAGGAGUACCAGGAUGCAGGCGCCUGCGAUGAAGAUUAUCACCGCGACGGUGCCGGAGGCGGAGGUGUCGUUGCGGGGGAGGAGGGGCAUUGUGGUGGCGGGCUGCGUUGGUGGCGUUCGGUGGGUGGGUGGUGUGUGGUGUGGUGUGGGCGUGUUCAGUACAAGGCGUUGUCGGUGUCGGUGUCGGUGUGGCCGCAGCAGACGCUUCGAGCGGGUCUAUUGUCUCGCGGAGAUGGCUACGAGCAGCAAAACUCUCCUCAGUCGCUCACGCUUCUCCAGGAGCAGAAUCGGCGAAGUCAGAAGCCAGAAGUCGAAAGUCGGAAGUCGGAGCUCGAAAGUCGGAUCGGAAGUCGAAAUAAAAGGUAAAAAAAGCCCAGGACCAGAGACACAGAGACAGACACAGAUAGCGAGACAGCGACGAAAAAGACACACCAAGACCCUACAAACCCCCCAGGCCCGGGCCCGCCGCGCCCUUAUAGGCACCGCAAAGGAGCGUCUUCAUCUCGUCUGGAGAAGCGCACGAGCUACCUGCUGUGCUGCCCGGUGCGUCCCCACUGUAUGUCGCGCCUGCGCCCGCGUCCAAGCUCAUCCCUUUCCUGGAAUCAUGGCCAUCGGAGGCGGUGGAUGGAGGUUCUGCAUCUCGAUGUCUUAUUGCAUGUCUCAACUAUUAAGGAGAAAGUUGUUGGGGUUCAUUCAAGUACGUCUGCUGCGGUGCGCAGGCGCGACGUUUGGCUCGAUGUUGGGCUGGAGGCGGACGUUGUGUAGCGGUCUACGAGUCGGCGCCCCCGGGCUAAGAUUAGCAUGGCGAUCGCGAAGCUGGGCUCCACUUUGGUCUCCACUGCCAGCAACCCGAUGCAGCGCAGAUGCGUGGCAAGGAGACUGUUGUUCACAAAUUCACGGUACAAACUGA